AUGUACCCAUCAUUACACGUACUUAGCAGAUCAGUUUGGAAAGGGCCUCACAUUGUACCACUACCAAUAGCGAAAGCUAUACAAAACAAAUCAAGCAUAAGAACAAAAGCUCGUAAUUGUACAAUAAUACCACAAUUUGUCGGACUCAAAUUUGAAGUACAUAAUGGGAAAGAUUAUGUUGAAGUGGAAGUAACAGAUGACAUGGUAGGUUCAAAGUUGGGUGAAUUUGCACCAACAAGAAAGAGAUUUAUGUAUAAAUACUCCAAGAAUUAG